GGGCCCCCCUCCCCCGCGCGGUGCGGCGCGGGCGCGCGCGCGCGUGUCCGUUGGAUCCCGUGCGGCCGCAAGCUUCUUCUCCUUCUUCUUCUCCGCUUCUAGUAGACUUCUAGUAGUAGUAAACUUGGCGUCGCGAUCUCCGCGCGCUCCGGGUGCUUCGCUUCGGAGGUUUGGGAGGAUGGCGGAGGCGUGAGGUGAGGUGAGGGAGUGUGAGAUCGCGGGGGGGCAAUGUCGGUGCUGGGCGCGGAGGGGGCGGCGAUGGGCUUCCUCCCGGCCGCGGAGCACGGCUUCGCGCGCUCGGCGGCGCCGUCGCCGCUGCGGGAGGAGGAGGAGGUGCUCGACGACGACCCGAAGCUGCCGCCGUUGCGGAUGCCCACCUCCUUCGCCGCGUUCCCUGGGUCCAGCUCCGGCUCCGACUCCGACUCCUUCCUCAGCAUGAGCUCCACGCCAUCAGGGCUGAUGAAUCCGUACGGCGUGUGGUCGCCGCGCGCGCCGCCGUCGGAGGCGUCGUCGUCGGAGAUGGAGUUCGGCACCGCGCGCGAGUACGACACCACCGAUCUCUUCUUCGGCGAGAAUUGGCUCUACGACGACCACCUCUUCCACACCAAUUCGGACGGCGACGAGGGCAAUGGAGAGGACAAGUUCAUCGUUGGCGCUGACUCUACCGCCCAGUGGAGCGAAACGCGUGAGCUCGACGAUUGCGGCGGCCGCCACCAAGUGCACACGAAAUCCAAGGCCGACGCUGAAGCCUGCGCGGAAGUGUAUACCUGCUCUUCAGCGCCCUGCAGCUGCUGCUACGGAGGGAGGAAGAAUGAUGAUGGGUUGACGAGGGAUUCUUGCUCUGCUGUCUAUGGGAGGUACCUGAUCAUGGAUGACCAGACAGAGGUGCUGGAUGAGUGUGGUGCAGAUGCAUUCCUGUUCACACGGGAUGGAGAUGCCAUGCUCAAAAGUGAACAGCCAAUUGAUUCCAAAGGCGGAGAUAUCGAGUUGCUGGACAUGAGUACGGUGGAGAAGGAGCUUCAGAUGCUCAGUCCGUAUUUGGCUGAGGCAGAUGCUCUUGAGAAGGCUGAGCUUGAACACGAUUUCAGCGGCAAUGGGGAACUAGAUAUUAACGUUGUUACAAACGAGAAAACUGCCGAUGACAAAGAACUUCUAAAAAAUAGUUACAGCAUACAUUCUUUACCUGAGAUAGGUGAUCCUCUAGAUGUUUAUGAGAUGGAGGACUUUGGACGAACAGAUACAAGUGUUCAAAAUUCUACAGCCAAUAAAAUCGCUGAAGAUGCGAGAACAGAUAUUGAUCUUGCACUUUCUAGAUUUCAUGAGGAAUAUGAGGUAUUUGAGCUGAGAAUUUUCCACCGGAAGAACAGGACUGGUUUUGAGGAAAACAAAGAGUUCCCUAUUGUCAUGAAUUCAGUUGUAGGUGGAAGAUAUCGCAUCACUGAGUAUCUUGGCUCAGCUGCAUUCAGCAAGGUUGUACGGGCACAGGAUCUUUGGACGGGAAUGGAUGUCUGCCUGAAAAUAAUAAAAAAUGACAAGGAUUUCUUUGACCAGAGCUUGGACGAGAUAAAGCUCCUUAAAUUUGUAAACAAAUACGAUCCUGAUGAUGAACAUCAUAUAUUGCGCCUUUACGAUUUUUUCUACUAUCAGGAACAUCUUUUCAUUGUCACUGAAUUGCUACGGGCGAAUCUGUAUGAAUUUCAAAAAUAUAACCAAGAGUCUGGUGAUGAAGUGUACUUCUCAUUGCGCAGAAUACAGGCUAUAGCUCGACAAUGCUUAGAAGCUCUGGUGUAUUUGCAUCAUUUAAAUAUCGUUCACUGUGACCUUAAACCAGAGAAUAUCCUCAUGAAGAGUUACAGCAGAUGUGAAAUUAAGGUUAUUGAUCUUGGAAGUAGUUGCUUCUUGACAGACAACUUAAGCUUAUAUGUCCAGUCACGUUCUUACAGAGCUCCUGAAGUCAUUCUAGGUCUUCCAUAUGAUCAGAAGAUUGACAUUUGGUCUCUCGGAUGCAUCUUGGCUGAACUGUACACUGGUGAAGUGCUCUUUCCAAAUGAAUCAGUACAAAUAAUUCUUGCUCGGAUGAUAGGGACAAUUGGUCCAAUUGACAUGGAAAUGCUUGCACUGGGACAAGAUACCCAGAAGUACUUUACAGAAGACUACGACCUGUUCCACAAGAAUGAGGAGACGGAUCAGUUGGAGUACUUGAUCCCAGAGAAGAUUUCCUUGCGGCGUCGCUUGCAGUGCCCCGACACCAAAUUUGUUAAAUUUCUUUCCUACCUGUUACAAAUCAACCCCAGAAAGAGACCAACAGCCAGUGAAGCAUUGCAGCAUCCGUGGCUCUCAUAUGCCUAUCAGUGAGAUGUCAACCAAAUGUGUUUAUACGGGAUGGAUCGUUUUUCUGAAGUUCCAUUUGCACCAGGAUUUGGCUUUUCCGUUUUUUUCAGGGCAGUCCUUGGUUAGCAUCGAAACCCUGUUUUCCGAGAUGAAUGCAAACUUGCUCGUGCAUGUAAAUAUGAGAAGAAGAAAAGGUUCCUUGUUGCAUAUAUGUAUAGCUGUCACUUUGAUGUACUUCACCCAACUCAUCAAUAGAAAUGUGUUUCAAGUUUCAA